AUGAACGAUUCCAUUGAUUCUGGCUAUUCAUUCACUCCUAAACAAUUGAAGAAACAGAACUCCAUCCCUUUUUUAGUUAGUGAGGAAGUCAAAAAGAUCAUCUCUUUUAACAUGACUCCAUUUAAAGAAAAUAAUAAUUAUGAACAAAUCAAGACCCCAAUUACGGAGGGUUAUGAUAGAAAAUUGUAGGAUGCUAUUAAACAAUUAGAAAUUGAAGAUCUGAUCACUGAUCCAAUCGAUUUCUUAUGUAGAAAUACUACAAAUAAUAUUAUUUGCUCAUUAAAUUUAAAUACAAUUUAACGAUCAAUUUUAUUUUAAUUGCUCUCUAUUUUAGUAGAUGGCUUGGUUGUCAUACUCUCAUACAAUUAUGUGUUGCUGAAGGAGAAAUUAAGAAGAAUCCAAGAUGUCAUCUCAUGGGCAGCCAUCAAUCCUGAAGUUCCUACUCAUUAAAUUGACUUCAUAGUCAAAAAUAUCUCAAGCAGGAACAUUAAAUUAUUGAUUGUGCAUCCAGAUCAAGCCAAUUUAAUUGAUCUAUCAAAUCUAGAUAUCAAACUCUUAUUGCUAGACUAAUCCAAUUAUUAUUUGUCCUUUCUGGAAAUAGGCAAAGUACAAACAGACCUAACUAAGUACAUCUAAAAGGCUAAUGCUGAAUACAUCCACAUUCUAUUGCCCAUAACUCAAAGUGUCUUUAUUUAGGAUCUUCGAUAAGUGCAUCCUUUUAAUAGAAACUAUCAAACAUAUCGCGAAUCCUUCAGUCCAAAGACUUAAAUCACUUGUUCCAAGGAUGAAAGUCCUAUCAAAUCGUUGAUAUCUUUGCUUCGAAGCCAACGAUUAUAUAAAAAGACUGGAAUAGCUGUCUUCUGCCAUAAUAUCAGUGCAGUAGAAUCAGUGCAAUUUACUUUAUAGUAAAAUGGAUUCAAGAGUAACUCAAUCCAUUAAAAAAAACCUGAGAAUCAAAGAUAAGCUAGUUAUUAUGAUUUUGCAUCUUAAAAUAUCGAUAUAAUUGUAUUACCGAGCGGAUUCUAAUUGCCAGAAGGACUGAAAAAUUUUGUAUUCCUUUCUGUUCACUUGUAUUUACCCUUAAAUAUUGAAACAUACAUUCUGGAUAUAACAGAAUUGAACAAAGAAGCCAACUCUCAUAUAUUUUUAUGUGAUGACUAUUACUUCACCUAAAGGGCGGAAAUAUGUUCAAAUUUUAUUUAAAUAGAAAACUUGGCUAUUUUUAUGCAGGAAUGUGUUUACACAAAUGAUUUGAUAUCUAAAGAUGAAAAUGAUAUCACUUAUUGGUUAACUAAGAAAUGGUUGCAUUUACAAAGUUCAGAAUAGUCUGAUGCAAAAAUCAAAAAGAUACUAUUAAAUGAAUCAACUUUGAAUUAUGAUUUCAGCAGAAAACAAAUUUAACUAUUUCUAUAAGAAUUAGAAAAAGAGAAAUGGUUAGAAAUUUAAGUUGCCAUUCCAGUUGAAUUAAUAAUAUCACAAUUACCAGAAGAUGAUGAGAUCUCUCAGAAUAUCUAAAUUUAUGGUAAGAAAACAGGCAGUCUAAAUGGUUAUAAAUGUUCAGUUGAUGAUUUACUCAAAGGAUCUGUUAUGACACCAAUUUAAUUGCUAAAUAAAUUAAAAUAAUUAAAAGUUAAGUUUGAAAUCUCAGAGGAAGCAUAAAUAAUUAAACUAACACAUUUCCCAUCGCAAUCUGAAUUACAAGCAAAAGUUCUGGAUAUAUAUUCUGGUAUCAAAAGAUAGAAUAUCAUUCGAAUUAAUAACUUGGAUUAAAUGUAUAACUUGGCUAGAACAGGAUCCUUUCGAUCUUUGGAGUAUAUGUGGAAAUAAAUUUAGCUAUAAAAGAAUUCAACAUAGCUCACUGAUUUCAUUCAAUAAUAUUUAGAUCAGAAUGUUUACUCUGAUUUGACAGGACACAAUAAUUUGCCAUUUAUUAAACUUGAAACUUAAAGAGAAAAAUCAACUCUUUUGUAGGAUGUCAAGUUUAUAAUAAGCUUUUACAACAUACAGGAUUUUGGGUUGUCUUGGAUUUAAAAGGAGAACUGUGCCACCAAGAUCUUAGUUAUAUUGCAAGGCUUAAAAACAAGCAAAAAAGAGUUGAAAUCAUUACAUCAAUGGAACAAGUACAGGCAAUAUAAUUAUUUGAAAAUUCAUGAAAUGAUACAUGAAUAAUUAGAAUAAUUAGAAACUAAAUUAUUGUGUUAAAGCAAGAAAAAAAUUAAAAUCUGA